AUGCUCAACCGGUCAUUUCUGGAAUACCUGAACCAGGAACGACGGAAAUAUUUUGAAAGCCUUGACGCAGGAGCUUAUCUCAACGAGCAGCGACGUUUGGUUGAAGAACUGCUGGAUCCUGAUUUUUACGAAAAGAAUGUGCAUCCUAGGAAGAAUCAUCUGGAACCAACACGAAUCAAUGUGAGUAUGAGCCUUUACCAGAUAUUGGAAGUGGAUGAACAUUCUCAAAGCAUCGUGGUCAAUGUCUGGAUGGUGCAGCAAUGGUACGACGAGUUUCUUGAUUGGGAUCCACGAGAGUAUGGAAUGCUUAACAAAACUAUUGUGCCCUAUGACCAGCUAUGGAUUCCUGAUACUUAUCUUUACAACAGCGAAACUUUGGAGCGUAAAAAGACUGAAGCGAUAAGUCAUGCCAUUAUUGAGACUGGAUUUUGGGCAAAUGAUAGUCGAGGUGCCAGGGUUCAGCUGAUGUUUCCGGCUAUUUACAAGCUUUCAUGCGCGAUGAAUGUCCAAUGGUUCCCCUACGACUCACAAAACUGCACUUUCAUCAUCUCAAGCUGGACUCAUGACAAAGCAUCCAUUGACUAUUGGCCCACAUCAACCCUUGUUAAUCUGAAAAACAUGGCCCGAAACGAUGAAUGGGAAGUGCUCAGCUUCGAAUUUGAGCGAGUUGAGCAAUAUUUCAAAUGCUGUGUUAACCCCUGGGUUUUGCUCUAUGCUCACUUGAUUAUUCGAAGAAAACCGCUCUACUAUGUGAUAAAUCUUGUUAUUCCAACUUCCAUCAUUACAAUCGUCGCUAUCACAGGCUUUUUUACGCCGACGUCAACUUCCAGCGAAAGGGAUGAAAAAUUGUACCUUGGCAUCAAUACACUUCUUACAAUGUCGAUUAUGAUGCUAAUGGUAUGUAAUCAAAUGCCAUCGACAUCUACUUAUGUUCCACUGAUGAGUUGGUACUACAUGCUCAUCAUAAUAGUGAUCGUCCUCGGUACACUAUUGGCAACGAUUGUACUAGCGAUUCACGGUCGAAAACUCCACAAUCGCCCAUUGUCACCGUGGGUACGGCAGUCAGUGAGCAACUACUUCAUAAAAACCUACAUACUUGGCCCACCGGAGGCAUUGAUUGAGCUGUGGUAUGAAUUUGGUAUCAUGGAGGAAGAGCGACUGCCAAUGGCGCAGCUCGAUCCAAUAGUCGUUCAGCAAAUGGAUCCUGCUUCGCUGCAACCACCUCUACCGCGCGCAUUCUUUGGCUCCAUCUCGUCAAGUCUAUCGAACACUUCAUCGUACUCCUACACUACAAGGCUGGCUACUCUUACUAGGCAAUAUACAAGCCAGGUAGGUAACAUAGUUGAAAGCAUUAAUUGA